GAAAAAAUAUUAAAAACUGAUAUUUUGUACAGUCAAAAUAUAAUCGAUACAAUCAGAAUAUAAUUGAUACUCGAAAAUAUAAUGGAACGUUGGGUUGGUAAAGUUGCUGUCGUUACCGGAUCUAGUUCGGGUAUUGGAGCAGGAAUAGCUAAGUUAUUAGUAAAAAAAGGAAUGCGAGUAAUGGGUCUUGCAAGACGUCUUGAAAAAUUAGAAGCAAUAAAAAAAGAGGUAGAAGAUCAACCUGGAGAAUUCCAUCCCGUUAAAUGUGAUAUUCGUUGUGAGGAUGAUAUUAUAAAUGCAUUUAAAUUUGUUGAAAAAAAUUUUUGUGGCGUUGAUGUUCUUGUGAACAAUGCUGGUUUAAUGGCAACCACAAAUGGUUUAACAGAUGGUGACACUGAAGCAUGGAAAAAAGUUUUUGAUACAAAUGUAAUGGGUUUAUGUGUUGCAACACGUGAAGCUGUUCGAUCCAUGAAGAAGCGUCAAGUUCCCGGUCAUAUAAUUCAUAUUUGUAGUAUUGCAGCAUACAAAAUACAUCCUGGUUUAGCGCCUAUUCAUAAUGUUUAUCCAGCAUCUAAGUUUGCUGUUCGUGCAUUAGCGGAGACAUUGCGAUAUGAAUUAGAAUCACUGAACUUAAAAAUCAAAGUUUCUAUCAUAUGUCCAGCAUACGUUAAAACUGAAUUUUUGGAUGCUGCUGGGCAAGAUGAACCUGAAUUUCUUAAGAACGCUCCGUUUUUAGUACCCGAAAAUCUGGCAGAAGCUGUAGUAUAUGUUUUAGGUACUCCACCAAAUGUUGAUGUUACUGAAAUGAUUCUUGAACCCGUAGCCGUAUAAAAUGGAAGAAUAUUUACGUCAAUU